GCACAUCAGUCAUUAUUGUCAUCAAUCAUGGAACUCAAUAACGCCACUUUGUUUGAAGAAUAAAAGUCGUGAAGAAAAAGAAGUUCCAGUAAUGAAGCGCCAAAGAUUAAGUAUGACAGUAAUUGGAACUCGUCAGACAAGCCUACAAAUCAAUAAAGGGUGAAAAUGCUGUCAAGAUGUUCUCGAUCCUGAUAAAUGUUGUUAUAUCGAUUCAGACCGAGCAAAGAAAGCCUUCCUUUUAUGUCCAGGCAUUCCGAGCUCUGAUCAUAAUAACGACAACGGUCGGAAACAUUAUUGCAUACAGCAUUUUUGCACAUUCUUAUUUUAAAUAACAACUGUUGUGCCAAUGUUGCAAGUAAAUAGACGUUCGUUGGUGCUUUCAUUAUUUUUCUUUCUUUUAUUCGCUUGACGACCCACCAUGUAUUUGACACGUUCUUUGACGAGUGUCAUCAUUGCUCUGUUAGCUUCACAAUUGGCAUGUGCCGAUGACGAUACAAGUCCAUUGCAAUACCCUCCUUUGCCACCUUUGAACGGUCCUUACGUUGCACCUAAAGAUCCGAAGUAUGAUUAUGCCGAAGUGUUGCACAAGAGCUAUCUGUUUUACCAUGCACAAAAAUCUGGCAUAUUGCCAUAUCAGCGAAUGGCCUGGCGCGGCGAUUCCUGCAAGGUGUGCGUGGGCGAGUUUGGUGAAGAUCUUUCACGAGCAUGGUAUGAAGCCGCCAACACCAUGAAAUGGGGUUUACCUCUGGGAUGGACCGCCACCCAGCUGGCAUUCAACGUCAUGGUCUUUGAAGAUGCCAUGAAUUCCGUCGAUGAGUUAGCUGAAGGGUUGGAGUUUUUGAAAUGGGGAGCAGAUUAUCUUAUUAACGCACAUUACAAUGAUACUUAUAUCAUGGGUCAGCUGGGAACUUCGGCGUUAGGACCUAUUUCCAAGCAAAUCGAAUUGGACGUCGAUUUUAAUUAUUGGGGUCCACCUGAAGAAUACGAACAAUGGGUCCCUACAGGGCUACCGCAUCGUGCACACUACAUUACUCCCGAUAAUCCAUCCUCGGAAAUUGUAGGCGAAUACAGUGCUGCCAUGGCCGCCAUUUCUAUUCCCUGGCGCAAGCAUAACGAGACUUUUGCUAAUGAGCUCGUGGAUCGUGCGAAGCGCUUGUUCAAAUUUGCCGUCGAUCACCAAGGCAGCUACGUGACCUCCAAAGACAAUGCGUAUCAAUGGGCUACCUUUUGGUAUCCUUCGACGCGAUACGAAGAUGAACUUGCUUGGAGUGCAGCAUGGAUCUAUGCCGCAACGAGGGAACCGGAAUGGUUGGAAACUGCCAAGAAAUGGUACAACAUUGCCUCGGAUUCCUGGAAUGAAUACUCGUGGGAUGAAAAGGGUGGAGGAUUGCAUGUGUUGUUGUAUACCGUCACCAAGGAACAAAUGUUUUACAAGAAUGCCAUGGAUUAUUUCAACCAAUUCUUACCCAGUCCAAAGCAAAUCGUGAAAUUCACUCCUCGCGGUUUGGCUUACAUUGAGCAUUGGGGUUCCGUGGGUUACUCGGGCAACGUGGCUUUCCUUAUGAUGGCCAUGGCCAAGGCCGUCGGCUAUGAAACCGCCGAAUCCAAAGCCAUGACCACCUUUGCCAUUCAGCAAAUCAAUUACGCUCUCGGUGACUACGGCUACAGCUGGGUAGUUGGAUUUGGUGAUAAUUAUCCGAGCAAACCAUAUCAUAAAGCAUCCUACAAUUCGUACAUUGACUAUCCGAUGCGUGGAAAAUUCCAGGAUAAAGUCGAAGAAGACUUUACGGAAAGUAAAACCGGCCAGCGAUUCAUUCUCUAUGGUGCCGUCGAGGGAGGCCCCAACGUCGACGACAGCUGGCACGACGACCGAUCCAACUACGAAUACUCGGAAGUAACCCAAGAUUACAAUGCGGCCUGGACUGGCGCCAUUGCCGGUUUAAUCGAUUACUAUGGUUCCGAGAAAUUUGAACCUUACUCGGACUGUGGUCUGGAUCUUGGUUGGAACCAUCCCAACGCGUCCACUCCGCCCAUGUGGCCCGAAGAUGAUUGUUACCAUACCUGCAAUAAAGGAUGUCCUCGUGGUCAGCUCAAGUCGUCCUUCUCGUGGAAAUUACUGAUGGAACCUCAGAAUUCCGACAAACUACUGGAGGUGCUUUAUCCCGGUCAAGGAUUCACCCGAGCCGCUGCCGUCGAAGGCCGACCUGGAGAUGAUCCAAGCGCCUUUGUAGCAUCGAGAGCCAGCAGUAUUCACAGUCAGUCGGUCGACCACUCAGAUACAAAGUCCAACGAUAACAUCCAUGCGCAGCAACAAGAGUCGUCGACCAACCAGAAGCAAUCUGACAAGCCAUCCGACAAGCAUGGGUCAACAGAACACGUCGAGCAGACGUCGGCUGCACCACGCAUUGUCUCGUCUCUGAUUGCAGUCUCUGUUUUAGCCAUUAUUACUCUUCUUGUAUAGAUUAAUGCACAU